CUGCACUGGUCGCAUAUGCGUUAAAACACAUAUUCAUUGGGUAAAGGGUUAGAGCUUAUACCAUCGAUUAUGCGUCCGUGUCCGCAUUGGUACAUGUACAUGUAUUUAGUGGGACUACCACUACCAUACUAAGAUGCAUUAUUUUCAGAAUUAUGCCCCUUAAAGGCCUUUAUUACUUGAAAAUACCCAUUUUAUAAGUUUCUUCUAAGUCUAAUCAUUUGAAUACUAUCAAAGUUAUUAAACUGAAAUUGAUACAUAUAAAAUCAAAGGGCUGCAUGCUCUGUGGUAUUUUCUGAUCUUUCCUGUAUAAGUUUAUUUUUUUAUACUAUUAUUCAUCUUACGCAGCGACUGCGUUUAACAGUUUGUGAUUGAUACAUAUGUAAUUUUGCAUGCUUAGAGUUGCAUCAAAAAUCAUUUUUCAUUUUUUAUUACAGCCACACUUUAUCCUUGCAUAUCGUGGCAACUUCCUUAAAAAAGACACUUCAAAAAAAAAUGUUGCCUCGACAAGGAUUUUAACUUUAGGCCUCUCACACCCUAAACGAGCGCGCUACCUCUGCACCACAGUGAAGUUAUACAUAUGUAGCGUGAAUAAAAACAAAUAUAUUGUAAUUCUAAAAUUGAGAAUUUUCAUUUCGUAUUUGUAAUCCUUAAUCAUACAUGCCAUAAUUUUUGGACAGCUUUCCGGGACACUUUUCAUUGCGGCAAUAAUGGAUGUGUAGGCAGUUGUGGGAAAGGGGGGGGGGGUGUUGGUGGGGUGUCAAUCGUAUAACGUAAUUAAAUUCGUACGACUUUCUCCUGAAUUUUAAUGAUAAACAGUUAACUUACUAGUUUUAUAAGUAGUCUUUUAGGUCGACAUAUUUAUCAUUUUAUAGUAUUUCUUUAUUUCAUUUAUUAUUCCCUAAAAGCAAGUAAGUUGUAAGUUAUAAACCCGGUGAAUGGGUGCAGCCAUGUUUUUCACCCGUUUUAUUUUAAAGUCGUGAUAAUUACUACAUGUCACGUAAUGCAAUCCUUCCAGUCAUAAAAAGAAACACAGCAAUGACACCUUUAAUUUUUUAUUUGAUAGAUAGAUAUAUUUACAUUGUUUGUAAUAAUUAGACUUUCGGCAAGUUAGCGAUUGAUCUAAAAAUUAAUGAUUAUCGGGGAUUAACGAUAAUUGUUAAGGGCCGUAAACCAUUAAUUAACCCGACCAUUAAACGCUGCCGAAUUCAACUUGCUGAUGCAUGAAGAAAGCUAUUGCCGAGGGGAAUCGACAGUCGAUAAUUGGGGGGCUGUAUAUUGUAAACUUGUAAACUUGUGUCAACGUUCCUGUGUAUUAUGUGUACCAGGUCAGAAUAUGUUUUAUGAUCGAGAGGUGAAAUGUGCGAGAUUUGAUUUAAGAAAAUUUAUGAAAAUUUUGCAAAAUAUAAUGAUUUUUUUCCGGGAUCAAAUCGAUGCCCGGGACAUCUCCGGGACAGACAUCUGAUUUCCGGGACAAUCCCGGGCAUCCGGGACGUUAUGGCAUGUAUGCCUUAAUAAUUUCGAGGUAUUUUGUUCACGAUAAACCUGUUGUUAAACACUGAUGAAAAUAAUUUAGCGAAAAUCUUCUCGCCAAAACAGUCCGACAUGUAUAUAUUCCAUUACUCGACAGUCAGAUUUAUUUGUGUACUACGCUCUGGAGUAUUCGGUAAUCGACAUAGCUAAAAAUAGCAUUUUCAUUGAUUAAGCUUUACGGAAAUAGUCGAACAUUUUUCAUUGGGUAAAAAAGAUAUUCAUCCGCGAAAUUUGUGAUUGCAACCUCAUAUUUCUAUUGACUAAUGUAAACUUUUAAUGCACUGUAAUUCGUUCAAUGCCUACAUUAAAAAUUAUUCUUUCUUUUAAAUUGCUGGUUUUAAGCAGUUUUGAGUGAGAACUACUUUGCGUUGUUAGGUCUGUGAGGAAAUUUUGUGUUAGACCGUGGAUGUUAGCUAUGUAUUUACUGAUCUUGCGAUCAGAAAAUACAAAAAGUGUAAUCAUUGGGACUUUACCUACCAUACUUCAGAGGCCCAUUAAUCUUAAUUCAUUAUUUUCCUAAUGAUAAGCCUUUGUACUUAUAUUUUUUUCAUUGUUUUUCACAGUUUUAUUUAUUGAUUGAUCUCUUAGAUAGUUACCCUCUCCACUACCCCCAGGGCAUUUGAUGCACCAAGCAGGCUCAAGGGUGGGAAUUUAGACAGAAAUGGUUGUCUUUAGGGUGGGGAUUUAGACUUCAAACAUUUUAAGAUGUCAAUUUCCCCUGGAUACAAUUGACAUUACUUAAACCAAGGUUGUAAUUAAAGCUGUUCGAGUACACAUCAUGUCAUUCUUUAUUGUCUUUUGCAUAUUUCACUUAUUUCAUGAGUUAUUUUUUUUGUAGCUUUACCAUAAACAGCAAAUAAACAAUAUUAUCAUAACAAAUAAAUCGGUUAUAACAUCUCUUAUUUUGUAUAAAUUAACAUUUAUUGCCUUUGUUACGAUCACAAGGUGUUAAAAACAUGUGUUGCUGACUGUCAUUUAAACAUUUUGACCCAAAUUUUUGUUGUCUUUUUGUGUUUGACCGAAAAGGUGUGAUUUUCACUAUAUUUCUGCCGGGACCAGAGAUCAGGUUUGAGAGUUCGAGCGAUCGGUGUUCGAGCAAUCCAAAGUAGAACAAUAUAUAUAUAUUAUAUAGGAAUUUUGCCGGGACUAGCCGAUGAGUUCGAGCGAAGGGAGGUAUUCGAGCGAUCCAAGUUUGAUUGAACAAAGUUUAUCUGUAUUUGUUUGAAACUUGAUUGUUUGCUGGAAAUUUUUUCUGGGCAUUUCUCUUUGAAAAUGCAAAAUUGGCCUUGAAACGAUUGAAAAGUGCUUGAAGGAUUUCUGUUUGAACCCUGACAAAUGCACUGACUGUACUUCUGUUCUUUGAUUUAUAGUAUAUCUUUAUGUACCGUCCAUUUUAUCAUGAUUUUAUUGUCUAUAUAAAUGUUCAUUCUUUGAUUAAGUUAUGAGGAAAAACAAUGCUUUUAAAUUUUAUUUUACAACAAAUUACAGGAACACUAGGAGGAUUCUGUUCAGAUACAAUACCCUGUAAAGGAACUUAUGUAAAAAGAUGUGUAACUGCUAAUGCAGUGUGUGAAUGUGAAAUGACUUUCGCAGAAUACAAGGGAAAUUGCAUUUCUGCAAAUAAACUAGGAGGAUGGUGUUCUAUUGAUGGUGAUUGUACAAGUGAUUCUAAUCAAGCAUGUACAAAUGGGAUUUGUGCUUGUAAGAGUGGUUUUACAGAUACUUCAGGAACAUGUAAAGAAACAGGAAAGUUGGAGGCUGGUUGUUCCACUGAUGCCGACUGCAGCACGGUAACUAAUGCAGUUUGUACAUCUAAUGUCUGUGCCUGUGGAACUGGGUACACUGCAGAUUCUGGUGCAUGCAAAAUAACUGAUGGACUAUUAGGAGGGACGUGUACUGUAGACGGUGAUUGUAGUGGUGAUAAUCAGGCAUGCAGUGCAGAUAAAGUGUGCGUGUGUGCAGCCGACAAUACACUCUACAACGGUGCCUGUGUACAUGAUGGAACACUUGGAGGAUCAUGUUCAGCGUCAGUUGCAUGUGCUGCAAACUCUAAUCUAAAGUGUUCCAGUGGAGUUUGUGCAUGUAAAAAUGGAUAUACACCAAAUAGUGGCAGCUGUGUUGUCACCCCAGGAUUGCUAGGUGCUGCAUGUUCCUCUCAAGUCACUUGUUCUGGAUCUGAUCAAUCAUGUACAUCUAAUGUGUGUGUAUGUACAGCUCAACACACGGCAUAUAAGGGUGCCUGUGUAGACGAUGGAAAACUUGGAGGAGCCUGUGAAACACAUGAUAGUUGUAAAGUUGCUCACACAGAGUGCAGUAGCAAAAUUUGUGUUUGUACAGCAGGAUACAAGGGGGUUGGCACUGCAUGUUUAAAGGAAGGAGCUGUCGGAUCAUCAUGCAAAGAAGAUGCUAAUUGUACAGUUAGUCAUUCAACAUGUGAUACAACUGACGGAGUUUGUGAGUGUGUAAAGGGCCGUAUCGCCUACAAUGGUGAUUGCUCUGUUAUAGGUUUGUUUUUAUGCUGUCUCCAUGAUCUCAUUAAUUUAUUUUCCAAGACUAGAUAAUGUGAGUGUGAUAUA